AUGCGUCGAAAAAAAACGCCGCAAGAAACUUUUUACCAAGGAGUGAACACCUUGCCGCCAUCCUUUCUACAAAGUAAUACCAAAAGAACCUUAUCCGAAAGCUUUUCAGAAGAAAGUUUCAACAAAAGAAAUCGUGUAGAAGGGCCGGUGAAAGACUUGGAGGAAUGCUUCUUUACUUCGAUGAGAGGCCGCGUAGAAGAACUUGUCAAGCAAACUAAAACUCAAGAUAAAACAAGUGAACUGAAAAACAAGCUCCUAAAUGUAAAGAUUCUACCGGCAGCAAUAAUAACGAACGCAGCACAACUUGCCAAGUGUGACAGAAAAGUAAUGCGCUCACAUAUGGAGCACCGCCCUGGGCUAAAAAAUGUUGAAGAAUGGAAGAAGUUCGUAUCUCAAAACUUCGACAAAAUAGCUGAGGCUGCCGUAGGUUCGGUCGUAAAAGACACAGCUAAAGUAUACUCUUCUUCCACUCCAACAAAUAAACAGCCGUAUGAAGAAAUGAGAACGUGCACGGUCCAGAUAAACAGCCUCUUCAGAUCGGAUCUCCUUCCUAUUGUAAAGACAUUCGUGUGUACUAGAUUACAAGAUUCGAUGGUUACCUCGACAGAUUAUACCCUUUGCUUUUCGGCACUCGUAAAUAUGAUGAUAAGUGAGCUGAAGACUAGCGAAUUCUUCUUUGACAACAAUGAUAUCAAGAUUAAGAAAGUUCCUGGGUUCAACCUCGCCAAAUUGCUGCCUUUUGUUACAACUAAUGAGCCAAAACAGACCAUCCAGCCAAUGGACAAGGAUUUAAUUGCCUCUAAACGAUUUGAGACGGACUCCAAGUGUCUCUUCACAAGCCAACAUCUGCAAGUUGUGUAUAGUUAUUUUUUUGGUGCCCGUGGUGCUAAAGAAGAAAAUUUAAACGCCCACCCUGUGCAGAAUAGUCUGUUUUGUUCUUUCAAAGAAUCCGGCCUUGAUAAACAGAGCUUCUAUCUUGAGAAAGCAUCAUCGUCGGCAAUGUCGAUGGCUCUUGAAAUGUACCUGGUCAACUUCGAGAAUAUGUGGGACGGGAAAAAGAUAAUUAACAAGCUUUUGGACAAAGUGAUACUAGUGCUACUUCGCCACCAUCUUGCCCGCAAUAGAGAAUCAAAGCGUAUCUCGACCACAACAACAAGGAAUCCACCUGGAAAGAAGGAUAUAAGAAACCAUGCGCGUUAUGUUUGUCGUGCAGAGGAUAAAAAGCUGAAAAAGUUGGUACAAAGAAAGGAAAAAGCAAGCGGAUUAGAAGGAGAAAAGUGGGCCACUAAGAUAAAUAGUGCGAAGCAGCGUCUAGCAAAUUUAAGGCAUACUUUUAAAAAGAAUAUAAGCCAAAUGUUGAAUGAUAGAAAGGAAGCUUCUGUGGAACACAAGCUCGUUGUUCAGGAUUUGAACAUCACGGAAGAACAGCAAGAUUUUCUGGAAGAGGAGGGGACUUUGGAUGAUGAUGUUCCGGAAAGGAGGUUGAAUCAACUCAAGUCCGUAAUCAAACACUUGGUCUUCAGCAAUGAUACGCCUGUAUAUUUAGAAGAUAUCAAACAUCAGUCCCCUGAGGCCACCACCACCGAACAGUCAGUAUGCUUGUUGAUCUGCAAUACGUUGAUGAAGUUCUUGCCUCCGAAAAAGCAAUAUCACGUAAUUGCGUAUCAGAUGUAUUUCUGUAUCUUUGCAAACGACGUUCUUAAAUAUGCACGUUAUACAAAGUUUACUCGCGCAUUAUGUCCUUCAACAUCAUUCUCGUCAUUGAGUGCACUACACCUGGAUUCAAUUGCAUUAUAUCAGCUAUUGACUCAGAAUAUAGAUCAAGAAAAGUCGGAAGAACCAUCAUCACAUACCAACCAGCAAGAGAAGAAAGGGUAUAGUAGAAUGAUACUCUAUGGGUAUAAUAGGGAUGAGCUGAUAGGGUCUCAAGACAAAGCGCGCCAAAACAAAGAUGCCACAUUUAACGCAGUAUUUGAUAUAGGAGAGAUUCAGAAAGCAUGUAAAUCGUAUGGCCUAUCUUUUGCACAUCGGAUGACAUGUCUACCAGGAAUGAAAACAGUACGAUUAUUGGGAUCAAAAAUAAAAACCCAUGGCACCGUAAAAGAGGAGACAAAACAGUCAUAUGAAGCACGGAUUUUAAGAAACCCGAGCAUUAUUCAAGAAGGACGAAAAACAAAGGAUGUUCUUUUUUCUGAGCUUCAAAGCUUAACAGAAGAAGUCAAGAUGCUUGAAUCUGUCCGUAAAAGAGAGCUAGAUCUUCUGAAAGAUAGUAACUUCCAAAGGAAAAUCAAAGAAUGUAAAUCAAAUUGGGGGACAACAGAUGACAAGGAUCAGUUAUACCAGACGAUUGAAAAAUAUAAAGAAUCGAGAUAUAAAUCUUAUUUGAUGGUUAACAAGAUCAGAAACGAACUCGCCGAAAAAAGACAACAGCUAUAUUUCCGACAGAUGGCAAUUCGUUUCAAAUCAAAGCUCCAUAAUGUUAAAGAUGUCCCUCAUGAUAGCAGAAGUCCAAUUGAGAAAUGUGGCAAAGGUGUGACCAAGGCGGAGGACCGAACUGUUGUGAAUCCUGGUGACUUUAACUAUGCGGGUACUGACAAUGGCCUGGUGAAUAUGACAACAUCAAUACCGAUGUCGUUACAAAGAAUGAAAUUUCACCUAAAGCUUUUCAACUAUUACACCGCGUUAAGCAAGGUCUCCAAUGAAGACAGUAUCGGCUUGAAUCUAUCUAAAGAAGAAGAAUCAUUCCUACAUUUGCCAUCAGUUACAAAUACGAAGGCUAGUGAUGUUGAUGUUGGCUGUGGGUAUUUUCGGCAACGAAAAUAUUUAGAAAGACGAAAGAAGUACACGGAUGAAGGGAAAAAGGUCCAGUUAAUAGAAAAUUCAUUGAGAGAAAUGGAGUCGGCCCCUGUUACUUCUAUUGACAUGGCCAUCGGGAACUUUCGUGCUAAAUACGAUCAACGGCGAAGCCUGCGGGAUUUCUACAAUUCUCCAAAAAUCAUCAACCAAAAAAGACAUGUAGAAAUCCAACAACAUCGUUAUCGACAUCAUCUCUGUCGGCGAGAGAGAUUGGAAUUGAAGCAUUCAGAGAAUAAGUCGUCUUCUAAAAAGCCCUUGAUACUCUUCAUUGGUGAUCGAGGAACCGAUUCCGGUUCUCGAAUCAAAGGCUUUAGAAAGUAUGGUGGUAAGUGGAAGCAGAAGAUACAUGGGGAAGCAGUUAAUGUCUGCAUCAUAAAUGAGUGCAAGACCUCCCAAACGUGUAUAUUCUGCUUUUCGCCUUUAACCAAUCCGAGGAUUCCUGGCAAAAAGGAAGGAAGUUACAAAGUCAACAAAGGCACCUUCCUUUGUAUCAAUCCUCGGUGCAUAACUGCCAAGAAUCGAUGUGCAAGUAAGCCGAGAGAUGCACUUUCAGCUCUCGCCAUUGGGCUGGUAGGCCUAAGCUCAGUUAUGUUUGGUGCCGCACCACCUCCUUUUUACAACGUCAGCCGAAUAAAUGCUGAACAUUAUACAAAAAUAACAUCUGACUUCUGUACACGAAGAGACGAUUUGGCAGCUACGUUGUAG